AUGGGGUUUAGGAUUUCAACGAGCGCUAUUAUAAAGCAAAAUUGUAGUAGUGAAAAGGAGAAGGAAGUUGAGAAGUCUGUAGAUUCUGAGAAAGAGAAAGGAGAAGAUGUUGUUGAUGUUGAAACUUAUGAGACCACCAAACCUGCUGAAAGAUCAACUGGUGGUAUAACAAAAAGGCUGAGGAGUUGUUCAGGCAAGGCUGUGCCCACUGCAAGCAAGAAUCCUGCACCAAGAGUGAAAACAAAAGGUGUUGGACCAGUGAAAGGAUGGAGCAAAGUCUUUUCUCCCACCAGCAAGAAGAAGGAGACCCUGAAAAGGAAGAAAGAGUCAUCAAGUGACUCAGAUUAUGAUGUUGCAAAAAUCUCAUCUCCCACUCCUAAGACAAAAACUACUGCAAAGAAAGCAUCCCAAACUGUUGAAGAAGCCCCCAGUGACAACAUUUCUUUCCAUCGUGCUGCUUUUGCACUGAGAUGGGAUUACAUUUACCAGAGAAGACUAGCUGUAGAGAGGGAAUUGACCAAAGAUGCCCUGAAAUGUCAAGACAUCUUGGACUAUAUCAAGGAAGCUGGUCUGCUGAAGACUGUUUGUGAUUCCAGUCCCUGUUAUGAGCUCCUGGUCAAAGAGUUUCUUGUCAACAUUCCUGAGGAGUGUGACAAUCCACUGAGCAAGGACUACCCCAAAGUUUAUGUCAGAGGUAAAUGUAUCAAUUUUUCUCCUGUUGUGAUCAAUAAUUACCUAGGAAGUUCUGUAGAGCCUAAGGCUGAAUUAGAGGUUGCAAAUGAUAUUGUGAGUUCUGAAAUAACUGUUGACAUCAAGGUUGUGACUGAUACUCCUAAGAAAAGGGAAUCUGCUUUCACUUUUCAUCACAAGCUAUUUGGAGAUCAUAAUGUUGCAGAUCAUGUUGGGACAUCUGCUGAUGGAGCUGGUACCAUGACCAAAAAGGAGAUCAUUGCUGCUUUAAAGAUGAUUGAAGGACUGGAAGCUGAUGAUGCACCUGUCAAAGCUAGUGCAAAUGUUGCUGCUGCAGGUGAACAACAUAAUGCUGAUGAGGAUGAAGCUUAUGACACUACUACAGAUGCAGAGGAUGAUGACUCUGAAAGCAGUGAUGAUGAAUGA